UUUUCGCGGUUGCUCCCUCCACCAUACUCUGUCGCUCACACAAACUCCCUCUCGACUCUCGUCCUUGCCGGUGCCAGCCCCGGCCGGUUCUUGCUCCGACCGUCCAUGGCCAUGGCGGCGGCGGAGUGGUGGGAGGCGGCGGCGGCGGCCAUCGUGGCGUACACGGGGAUGACCCCUGCGGCGUUCUUCACGGCCGUGGCGGCGGUCGCCGCGCUGUACGUCGUGGUUUCAGGCGUCCUCGUGCGGCCGGCGCAGGUGUCAACGAGGAGGCGAGUGGCGGAGGACGAGGGGGAGGACAGGACGUUCGGGCCGCUGCCGCCACCAGUGCAGCUCGGGGUGGUGACCGAGGAGGAGCUGAGAGCUUACGAUGGGUCCGACCCCAAGAAACCGCUGCUCAUGGCCAUCAAGGGCCAAAUCUACGACGUCACGCAGAGCAGGAUGUUCUAUGGACCUGGUGGCCCAUACGCAUUGUUUGCAGGCAGAGACGCAAGUAGGGCUUUGGCAAAGAUGUCAUUUGAACCAAGUGAUUUAACCAGUGACAUUUCAGGGUUAGGCCCUUUUGAGGCCGAGGCCUUGCAAGAAUGGGAGUACAAAUUCAAGAGCAAAUACGUUACAGUUGGAACAAUCAAGAAGACCGUUCCAGUCGCAGAGGGAGAUAGUGCAAGGAGUACUGUGACAACUGAAAGAGACAUCGAUGCAAGCAUUCUUGAAAGUAACCAUGUGCCAGAACCAAAAGAAACUAGAGCGACAAACCAAGGGAGCGUUCUGGAGAAGACAACAGAAACACCAGAUGUCGAUGUGAACACAAGCAGCUACGGGGAGAAGGCAAAGGAAUUGCCGGAUUCAGAUGCCACGAAUGCGAGUAGCCAAGCAGAUGCAGUAGAGAAGCCAGACGAAACACCAGACGUGACUGUAAAGAACAGUAGUACUGAAGAAGCAUUUGAGCCAAAGGAAACACCGGAAGCGGCUGUAAAGAACCGUAGUAGCACUGAAGAAGCAGUUGAGCCAAAGGAAACACCUCAGGUAGUAGACGGGAAGAAUAGUUGUAAACCUGAAGAUGCAACAGAGAAGUCAAAUGAAGCAGCAGAUGCAGUAGGUUUGAAAAACAGAACCAGCCAUGAAGAUGCUGGGCAACCAAAGGAAAUGCGGAAUAUAGAUGACAAAUAUGCAAGCAGUAGUCAAGAUGGUGAGGAGAAGCCAAAGGAAACUUCAGAUGCAGAAGCCAAGAAUGCAUAGAGUUUGUGACUGCUGCCAUGAAGCUUUCUAGCUGUCUGCAGUUAGUUAGAAUAAUAAAGUGAAAUGGACAUUGUGGCCUGGAUUCAGCUAUAAAUCCUUGUAUAGAGUAUAAUUGCACUUAAAACUAGAACUAAAAUUAUUAAACUAUAUGUACAUUUCGAUCAAGGUGAACCGUCCUUCACAUUUGCAUCAGGGGUUCAAUUAUGCACGCUAUUAAUUUAGUACGGUACAUGUAAACAUUUUCAAUCUUAUGUAGUAUGGUAGAAUCAGCUGGGAAAGCUGUAAUCAGAAAUUGCUUA